UUUCAAUCUGUGUACAACAAUUAUACUCCUCUAAAUAUUGAAAUUAUCGGUGAUGACGAUGACAUCUUAUUUGUUUAAUAGCCACAUUUAUUCUUCUUCUUCUUCUUCUGGUGCAUUGGCAGUGGCCGAUUGGUUCAUUCAGUAACGAAGACGAGCUAAAGCUAUUGAGGCCACUUUUACAAAGAAAUCAUCUUUCGGGUUGUUUGACUUAUAGGAGAUCAGUUGCCAUUAACAUUAAGACAAAGAGUUGACAUAUAUAUAUAUAUAUAUGGAUUCUGGAGGAAAUUCCCUACCUUCUGGGGCUGAUGGGGUGAAGAGAAAAGUGAGUUAUUUCUACGACCCAGAGGUUGGCAAUUACUAUUAUGGGCAGGGUCAUCCUAUGAAGCCACAUAGAAUCAGAAUGACACAUGCUCUUCUUGCGCACUAUGGAUUGCUUCAGCACAUGCAGGUUCUCAAGCCAUUUCCUGCCAGAGAUCGGGACCUUUGCCGCUUCCAUGCUGAUGAUUAUGUAUCAUUCCUGAGGAGUAUUACACCCGAAACACAGCAGGAUCAGCUCAGGCAACUCAAGCGCUUCAAUGUUGGUGAAGAUUGCCCCGUUUUUGAUGGUCUCUACUCCUUCUGUCAAACAUAUGCUGGUGGUUCAGUUGGUGGUUCAGUCAAGUUAAAUCAUGGUCUCUGCGAUAUUGCUGUAAACUGGGCUGGGGGGCUGCAUCAUGCUAAGAAGUGCGAGGCCUCUGGAUUUUGCUAUGUGAAUGAUAUUGUCCUCGCAAUUCUGGAGCUUCUUAAACAGCACGAGGUUUGUCUAGUGUGA